AUGGAAGCUAUUGAUAUAAUCAAUAUUUUAAAUGGUAGUAUAUCAAUUGUGAAUAAAAUCUUUCCAAUGAUUCUUUUAAUAAUUGGUACAUUUGGUCAUUUAUGUAAUCUAUUAAUAUUUUCUAAAAGAACUCAACGAACAAAUCCAACAUCAGUUUGUUUUCUUGCAAAUACAAUGGUUAAUUUAAUAUCACUUUAUUUUGGUAUGUUACCACGUUAUUUAACAGAUAUAGGUAAUAUUGAUCUGAUCAAUACAAAUCUUACUGUAUGUAAAUUACGUUCAUUUUUUCAAUAUUUAUCAUUAAGUCUUUCGAAUUGGUUUCUUCUUCUUGCAACUAUUGAUCGUUAUAUAAUUAGUUCAAAUGAUCAUAAUCGUAGACGAUUAAGUAAUUUAAAAAGAGCAUGGUAUUCUAUUGGAUUUCUUACAAUAAUUUUUAUUUUAUUAUAUUGUCAUAUACUUAUUUUAUAUAAUAUUCAAUCAUCAUUCUGUUAUCCACGAUAUGGACCAUAUCGAUUAUUUAAUGAUAUACAAAUAUUUAUUCAAUAUAGUCUUUUACCACCUAUUCUUAUGACUUUAUUUGGAUUAUUAACUAUACGUAAUAUACAUUUAACACGUAGACAUAGUAAUAAUCAAGGAAAUAUCCGUGUAAGACAACGUGAUAUACAAUUAAGUAAAAUGUUAUUAUUACAAGUGAUUAUAACUGUUAUAUGUUCAUUACCAUUAAUUAUUUCAAAUUUAGAAGUAACAACAACAUUAACAAUAAUGAAAAGUCCUUUACGUUUAGCAAUAGAAAAUUUUUUAUCACAAAUUGCACGUCAUUUAGCAUAUUUAAAUUGUUCAAUAUCAUUUUAUUUAUAUACAUUAACUGGAUCUCAAUUUCGUCUUGAAAGUCGACAAAUUAUUAAUCAAUUUUCAAUGUUUCUAUGUCAUCGACGAAUAUUAACUCGAAGACAAAUUGGUAUAGAUAAUCGACCCAUUGGUCCAAGUACUAGAGAACCAAGACGACAAUAA